GCGUCGAUGAUGAACUGCUUCUUCCUGACAAUUGGGAGUGGAUGGGUCGAGGUGCCAUUCAGAUCACCUGGAAAGCAGCAGACGAGAAGGAGGAGGUGCAGAAAUUGCAGACUCUGUCGUGCAUCCCGAUCGUGAUCAUCCCCACAAACACCGUGCCGAUUGACUACGCAUUGUUCGUCGUGUCGCCGUUCCACAAGAAGUACGCCGAAGUUAAGUCGGACAUCAAGGAGAGCGAGUUCGAUGGGUUCACGUGGACGGAGGAGGAUGAAGAGGGCGUGGAGACCAUCUACGAUGCCGGUGCAGGAGCUGACUGA